UCCUCCCAGCCGAGUUGGUUGUGCUAAGCAGUCUGACUACCUGCGUCCAUCAGAGAGCUGGUGGCCUUGCCUCCCACCUACAUGCUGCUCCUGGAAGCUUCUGCCUGUCUGCUUCCUCCUGCAGCCCCACAUGCGGAGUGCUACUUCUCCCACAGCUGUGACAGCAACGCAUAGCAGGCGCCCCAGAGGCGACCCCAGGAGACUGAGCAGUCCGGGGAGGCGGGGACCCGGCGGACGCUGGGUGCUCCACUCCCAUUAGCAGGUGGUUCUCAGGCUCCCGUUCAGCGCACAGGCGAGGCGCCCGGGUCUCCUGCAGCCCCGCCGGUGCCUCCAGGAGUAGCGGGAUCGGCCCCGCGGCAAGAGCAGCCACCAGGCUGGUUAGCACCCAUGCCCUGCCCCGACAGGCAAGAUGCUGCCACUGCACCCGGAGUUGAAGCCCAACCCGCUGCAGGACGCAAACCUCUGCUCGCGCCUGUUCUUUUGGUGGCUAAAUCCGUUGUUUAAAAUUGGCCACAAGCGGAGAUUAGAAGAAGAUGACAUGUUCUCAGUGCUUCCGGAAGAUCGCUCCAGGCACCUUGGAGAAGAGCUGCAAGGGUACUGGGACCAAGAAGUUUUGAGAGCCAAGGAAGAUGCACGGGAGCCUUCUUUAAUGAAAGCAAUCAUAAAGUGUUACUGGAAAUCCUACUUAGUUUCGGGAAUUUUUACAUUUCUUGAGGAAUCCACAAAAGUACUUCUGCCCAUAUUUUUGGGGAAAAUUAUUAAUUAUUGUGAAAACUAUGAUCACGCUGAUUCUGCUGAUUUGUACAAAGCCUGCACCUAUGCCACAGUGCUGAGUGCCUGCGUGCUCAUCUGGGCCAUUCUGCACCACUUAAACUUCUAUCACAUUCAGUGUGUGGGGAUGAGGCUAAGAGUAGCCAUGUGCCAUAUGAUUUACUGCAAGGCCCUUCGCCUGAGUAGCUUGGCCAUGGGCAAGACCACCACAGGCCAGAUAGUCAACCUGCUGUCCAACGAUGUGAACAAGUUUGAUCAGGUAACAAUGUUCUUGCACUUUCUGUGGGUGGGGCCACUGCAGGCUAUCGCAGUGACCGCCCUGCUCUGGAUGGAAACAGGAAUAUCAUGUCUUGCUGGGAUGGCGGUUCUGAUUUUCCUUCUGCUUUUGCAAAGCUGCAUCGGGAAGUUGUUUUCAUCACUCCGGAGUAAGACUGCAGCUUUCACAGACAGCAGGAUCAGGACCAUGAGUGAAGUUAUAACUGGCAUCAGAACUAUAAAAAUAUAUGCUUGGGAAAAGUCAUUUACAGACCUUAUUAUCAGAUUGAGAAGGAAAGAAAUUUCCAAGAUUCUGAGAAGUUCCUUUCUUAGAGGAAUGAAUUUGGCAUCAUUUUUUGCUGUAAGCAAAAUCAUGGUCUUUGUCACCUUCAUCACCAAUGUGCUCCUGGACAACGUGAUCACAGGCAGCCAAGUGUUUGUGGUGGUGACGCUGUACGAGACUGUGCGGUUGACGGGCACCCUUUACUUCCCCACGGCCGUGGAGAAGGUGUCAGAGGCAGUCGUCAGCAUCCAAAGAAUCAAGAACUUUCUGUUACUUGAUGAGAUAUCACAGCACAACCCUCAGCUGCCAUCAGGUGGUGAAGCGAUAGUGGACGUGCAGGAUUUCACUGCUUUUUGGGAUAAGGCAUCAGAAACCCCAACCCUACAAGGCCUUUCCUUUACUGUCAGACCUGGUGAACUGUUGGCUGUGGUCGGACCUGUGGGGGCAGGAAAGUCGUCACUGCUAAGUGCUGUGCUGGGGGAGCUGCCCCCGAGCCAGGGGCUGGUCAGUGUGCACGGGAGGAUCAUGUAUGUUUCUCAGCAGCCCUGGGUGUUUUCAGGAACUGUGAAGAGUAAUAUUUUAUUUGGGAAGAAAUAUGAAAAAGAACGAUAUGAAGAAGUAAUAAAGGCUUGUGCUUUGGAAAAGGAUUUGCAGGUUUUGGAGAAUAAAGACCUAACUGAGUUAGGAGAUGGAGGAACCACACUGAGUGCAGGGCAGAAAGCCCGAGUCAGCCUCGCAAGAGCCGUGUAUCAGGAUGCAGACAUCUACCUCCUGGAUGAUCCGCUCAGCGCAGUAGAUGCAGAAGUGAGCAGGCACUUGUUCCAACUGUGUGUUUGCCAAGCCUUGAAGGAGAAGAUCACAAUCUUAGUGACUCAUCAGCUGCAGUUCCUAAAGGAUGCAAGUCAGAUUCUGAUAUUGGAAGAUGGUAAAAUGGUGCAAAAGGGAACUUACGCUGAAUUUUUGAAAUCUUGGAUGGAUUCUGAAGAUAUCCUUUUAAAGAAGGAGGAAGAGGAGGCUGAACCACUUCCAGUUCCAGGAACUUCCACUCUGAGGAAUUGGACCUCCUCCAAGUCUUCUGUUAAGUCUCAACAGUCUUCCAGACCUUCUUUGAAAGAUGCUGCUCAAGAGGGCCAAGAUACUGAGAAUAUGCAGGUUACACUAUCACUGGAGAGCAGUUCGGAGGGACAAGUUGAUUUUAAGACCUACAAGAAUUACUUCACAGCUGGUACUCACUGGUUUAUCAUCAUUUUCCUUAUUCUAGUAAACAUCGCAGCUCAGGUUCCCUAUGUCCUUCAGGAUUGGUGGCUUUCAUCCUGGGCGAAUGGACAGAGUACCCUGUAUUCCAUGGCACAUGGAAAAGGAAAGCUAAUUGUGGUGCCUGAUCCUGACUGGUACUUUGCAGUUUAUUCAGGUUUAACUGUAGCUACUGUCCUUUUCGGCAUCACAAGAUCUCUUUUGAUAUUCUACAUCCUUGUUAAUUCUUCCCAAACUUUGCACAACAAAAUGCUGGAGUCCAUUUUGAGAGCUCCGAUAUUGUUCUUCGAUAGAAAUCCAAUAGGAAGAAUUUUAAAUCGUUUCUUCAAAGACAUUGGACAUAUGGAUGACUUGCUGCCCCAGAUAUUUCAAGAUUUCAUCCAGACAUUUCUACUUGUGAUUGGUUUGGCGGGCGUGAUGGUGGCAGUGAUUCCUUGGAUUGUAAUACCCCUGGUUCCCCUUGGCAUCAUUUUCUUUUUUCUUCGGCGAUAUUUCUUAGAGACGUCACGAGAUGUCAAACGCCUGGAAUGUGCAACACGGAGCCUGGUAUUUUCCCACUUAGCAUCUUCUUUCCAGGGACUCUGGACCAUCCGGGCGUACAAAGCUGAACAGAGGUUUCAGGAACUGUUUGACGCACACCAGGAUUUGCAUUCAGAGGCUUGGUUCCUGCUUUUGACCACGUCCCGAUGGCUCGCCGUGCGUCUGGAUGUCAUCUGUGCCAUCUUUGUCACUGUUGUUGCCUUUGUGUCCCUGAUUCUGGCAAAAACUUUGAAUCCUGGGCAGGUUGGCCUGGCACUGUCUCUCGCCCUCACGCUCAUGGGGAUGUUCCAGUGGUGCGUCAGGCAAAGUGUUGAAGUUGAAAAUAUGAUGAUUUCAGUAGAAAGGGGGAUUGAAUAUACAGACAUUGAGAAAGAAGCAUCCUGGGAAUACGAGUAUCGUCCGCCACCGUUCUGGCCCAAAGAAGGAGAGGUUUUCUUUCGUAUUAUUAACUUCAAGUACAGCUUGGGUGGGCCUCUGGUAUUGAAGGACCUGACAGCACUCAUUAAACCAGAAGACAAGGUUGGCAUUGUGGGAAGAACAGGAGCUGGAAAAAGUUCCCUCAUCUCUGCCCUUCUUAGAUUGGCAGAACCCAAAGGUCUAACUUGGAUUGAUAAUAUCUCCUCAGCCAAUAUUGGACUUCAUGAUUUAAGGAAGAAAAUAUCAGUUAUACCUCAGGAAACUGUUUUAUUCACUGGAACAGUGAGGAAAAAUCUGGAUCCCUUUAAGGAGCAUAUGGAUGAGGAACUGUGGAAUGCCUUAGAAGAGGUACAACUUAAAGAAGCCAUCGAAAGUCUUCCUGGUAAAAUGAAUACUGAAUUAGCAGAAUCAGGAUCGAACUUGAGUGUUGGACAGAGACAGCUGGUGUGCCUUGCCAGGGCUAUUCUCAGGAAAAAUCAGAUAUUAAUUAUUGGUAAAACCACAGCACACGUGGAUCCAAGAACUGAUAAGUUAAUACAGACAAAAAUCCAUGAGAAAUUUGCCCAGUGCACUGUGCUGACCAUCACACACAGGUUGAGCACUGUUAUUGACAGCGACAGGAUAAUGGUUUUGGAUUCAGGGACACUAAAAGAAUAUGCACGGCCGUAUGAGUUGCUGCAAGAUACAGACAGCCUGUUUUACAAGAUAGUGCAACAACUGGGUGAGGCCAAGGCCACUGCCCUCAUUGAAAGAGCAAAACAGGUGUACAUCGAAAGAUAGCACUCACAGUGACCAUGCGGUUCCAAACGCUUCCAAUGGACAGCCCUCAGCCUUAACAAUUUUUGAGUCAACACUGUGAUUCUACCACGAUGUCAAGUCUAUCCUGAAGGCAUUUUUCCAAUAGAUUUUGUGCCGUAUAAACUAUGUUGUACUUUUUUUACACCAACAACAAAUAUUUACACACACAAGAUGUUAGUAUAUUUGGAUUUUUUUCCUCCAACUUCACCCAUUGAUUCCAAGCUCUUACAAAAUGAUUUAUUGUUUUUAUUUAUACUAUUUUUUUUUCUUAUCCAAAUCAGAGGUGCAGGCCACCAAUGAAAGCUGUCUCCCAGGUUUUGUGCCUUGAGAGACUCCAGAGCCAAAGUUCAUUUUCUAAGGUAUAAGACAAAGUUGUCACAGAUGUUUUUACUGCUCCCCAAAUUACAUACUACUUUCCAAUUAUAUCAGGGUUUCUACUUACUUGAAGACUGUGUGACAUUGCCGUUUUGUUUCACCAAUUCCUUGAACAUAAUUAGGAUCUGUUAUUCUACCCAAGACUUCUGCUUAAAAUACUAAAGAGAAAACUAAUAGGAAUAACAAACAAAAAAUAUAUCUUAGUUUAAAUGACAUUAUAGGAGAGAGAAGUGUCCCCCCUCCAAAAAAAAAAAUAUAUAUAUGGUUAAAAUAUAUAUAUAUGGUUAAAAUACAGAAGGACAAUAUUAUAUGUUCUAAAAGAGGGGAGAAAUGUGCUUUCUCAAAAUAGGAGCCUUUCUAGGAGGUGUGAUAAUGAAGGACAUAUGUGUGAUCUAUUUAUUGCCUUCUAGAGUGAAGAUUUUAUUUUUUUAUAGUUUUUUAUUGUAGUAAAAUAUAUAUAACAUAAAAUUUGUCAUAUAACUAUUUUUAAACAUACAAUUCAGUGGCAUUAAUCAUGUUCACAAUGUUGUGCAACCAUCAAUGUCUAGUUGAUUUUGGUAAUUGUGUUAGUACUACUCAGUUUGUUAUUUCUACAGUCAUUUUUGGUAAGUUUUAUUUCUCUAGGGGUAGAUCUGUUUCCUGUGAGUUUUUAGCUUGACUGGCAUAAAGUUAUUCAUAAUAUCUUACAUGUUUAAUUUCUAUAGCAUCUAUAAUAGUGUUCUUUUUUGCUUUUUAAUUUUCUUUUGACCCUUCUCUUCUUUUUAAUGAAUAAUCUUGAAUGACUUUUUCCUAUUUUCAAAGAAUCAACUUUUUUCUUGAUUGCUCCUUUCUGGUUUUUGUUUUGUUUUCUACUUCAUCAUAUUAGUCUUUCUUUCCUUUAACUUUUCAUUUAUUUUGAGAUUUUUUUUCUCCAAAUUCUUAAAUUGGAAACAGACUAAUUUUUAACUAAAUUAUUUUUCUAACAUAAGUACAUGAGGCCUACAUUUUUUUUCUGACUGACUUCAGCUGCAACCUACAAGUUUUAGUAAUUAGCACUGAUCAAUAACCAUAGUAUUAGGUAUUUUCUAAUUUUUAAUUUAACUCAUUAAUUAUAUCUUUUACCCAUGAGUUAUUUAUAAGUGUAAUGCUCUCUAAAUUUCAAGUGCUAAUGGAUUUUUUCUAUUAGAUUGAACCAUGUGUAACUGCCAACAUUCGAUCUUUUUUAAACCUAUAAAAUGGUAGUUUCAUGUGGUUCAACAUUAUCAUUUUCUUUUGUUAUUAAUAUACAAUUUAAUUUCAUUUUGGUCAGACAACAUUAGAUUGAGGAUUUCAAACCAAAGGUAGCCACAUUCACACACAAAGUUGCUAUUUCCACCACUUCGUAUUUUUGGGGGGAUUUAAAAAUGUUAUAAGUAUGUGUA